CACUGUUGACUGGUACGAGAGUAUAGCGUCUUGAAUCAUUGGUCCCUGCUUUUAUGAGCUUAUAAUUAAAUUAUUUGUAAAGCAUUUGGCUUUUAGGUUAUUACUUAUUUGCCAAUCUGAUGCUGCUUUUUUUCGUAUACCACUAUGUCUAAACGCACGGUGCUGAAUGAAAUUUACAAAGGACUGGUGGAGUCCAUAUGUAUACCAGCUGAGCUGCAUCAUAAGAACGGCAAGAGGUAUGCCAGCUUUGGCACAGUAGUACCUAUACAUUGCUGCACCCCUGAGGAGGUUAAAGAACGCGUGAACAACACUCAUCAUUACUGCGAUGUGUUCGCCGAGGAACUUCUAGCGCCGCUCGGCGAACUUGCCUUUGUCCGACUCGAUGAAAAUACAGCUGAGAAGGUAUUUAUCAACCGUAGUAAGCGUGUCCUGAUAGUAUCCAGCGACGGUCGUUUAGCGCAAUGGCGUUGCGCACCAACAUUCGAGUCCGCUAAUCACUAUAUUGCUGGCACACCGAUCGUCAACAAAGAAGGUGCCUUAGUAUCGGUUGUCACUGCUAAAAGAGGAAAUCAUUACGCCGUUUCUAACUUUGAAGGCGAAGGUGGAUAUUUCGAAACAACUUUACCAUGGGAAAUGGUUCAUCCUAUGCAGGGAGAAGUAAUUUAUGGCGACCAAACGUUUUCUUCGCGGGACGAGUUAAGAAAACAUUUGGCGAAUUUAUCACCGGCAGAAGUAACUUCCGAUCUACCAGUGCGACCUGUGUUGUUGACAGGAGUCACUCCAAGAAUAACUUUAAUUACCCAUAACGGAAGACAACUUGCCCAUUAUUAUCUUUAUGGAGUCCACGCUUCAGAUGUUCAAUACUUAUAAAGAUUUCCCUACAUUAACCAAUAACCACCAAUAAUGUACAAAAUAUAUCGAUUUGCAUCUCGUGAAAAUCGAUUUUUAUAUCCCUAUAUACAUUUUUAAACUUUGUUAAAAACUCAAACCAGUUCAGUAAUUUUAAGACUUUAAUUACUUAAUUGACCAUUA